CACAGAAAGCACAGCAACCUUUCACACACUUCCCCCCCUUUACACCGUCACUGUGUGUGUGUGUCUUCCUGCAAUCACACUCACUGAAGCUUCCUUUCCUUUACACACGACAAUUGGAUUUACACUGCUACACCACAGAUCAGGAUGUUCUCUAGUCUGGCUCGCUGUGCCUCCAGAGCAGCUCUGCAUGUCCUGAAAGGAACCAGUCGUCCUUCCAAGCCAGGAAAAGUGCCUUGUUUUGGGCAUCAGACACUGGCAGCGGUCCCGCUCCCGACUGUUGGAGGGACUACAGUGGUUAGACAUGCUCAAGUCCUGGACCACAAGAGGCUGCUACAGGUGGAGUGGGAUGAUGGAAGCUAUAGUUUUUAUCCAUUUACCUGGCUUCGAGAUAACUGCCAGUGCCCUCUGUGCAUGCUGCAGUCAGCAAAAGCACGGAGUCUGCUCCUCACUGACCUUGAUGUGCAUACUGGAAUGGACCAAGUGCAAAUAACUGAGAAUAACAAGGUCUCUAUCACAUGGCCAGAUCAACAUAGCAGUGAGUUUGAGCCUGACUGGUUAAAGAAAAGAUGCUUCUCACCAGAGGCAAGACAAGCACGGCAGGAGGAACUUUUUCUAAACGAGCGUGAAUUCUGGGACUCUGCUCUGCAGAUCCCCAUGGCAGAUUUUGAGGCGGUUCUACAUGAUGAUAAGGCUGCUCUGGCCUGGCUUGUGGCCCUAAGGCGUUUCGGGAUCGUGUACCUGAAGGGGGCGCCAGUGGAGCAAGGCCAGUUGGCUAGACUCAGUCGGAGAAUUGGAUACCUCAGACUCACGUUCUAUGGACACACAUGGCAAGUGCAAGACAAGCCCAUGGCCAACAACGUAGCAUAUACCUCAGGCAAGCUGAGCCUGCACACAGACUAUCCUGCUCUCCACCAUCCUCCUGGGGUGCAGUUCCUACACUGUCUGCAGCAGGCCCAGCAGGGUGGAGAGAGUGAGGUGGUGGAUGGGUUCCACAUGGCCGAGCUGCUCAGGAGAGAGGACCCCGAGGCAUUUAACACACUCUCAUCCCUCUACAUCGACUACACAGACACCGGCUCUGACUACUGCGACUUCAUCGUGCAAUCCAAGAACCGCAUUAUAGAUGUGGACUGUGAAGGCCGUGUGGUGAGGAUAAACUAUAACAAUGCAACAAGAGACUCUACCCUGGAUCUACCGCUCGAUCAGGUGCAGCCGUUCUACUCCUCCCUGAAGAGCUUUGUGGAGCUGAUGAACCGGCCGGAGAACGUGGUCUCCUACAGGAUGGAGCCAGGUGACCUGGUAACCUUUGAUAACUGGCGUCUGCUGCACGGCCGGAAGAACUACUCAUCUGGCGGCAGGACCCUAAGACACCUAGAGGGAGCAUACCUGGACUGGGAUGAAGUCAUGUCCCGUAUGCGCAUCCUCCGUAAAGCUGUCCACGGAGACAGCUAGGAAUUCCUUUACUUCAUCUGAAACACAAGUACUGUCAGUAGGAGUCCAAGCCUGAAGCUGCACGUCGCUAAAUUAAAGUUGGAACUUUUAAGAACCCCAGUGUGAGAUUAAUGUGAGUAAAUAUGUUUUGGGGAUCUACAAGUACUUCAUGAGGGUAAAAAACAACAACAAAAAACUUUUCCUUGACUCUUUUUCAACUUGGUCUGAAAGAUUUGAACACCAGGAUGAUUUUCUGGUAAAAAAAAAAAAAAAAAAAAAAAAAAGUGUCAGUCACGAAAUUUCCAUUUUAAUUGAAACGGUCCUAUUGAGCCGUAAAUAGUAAAAGAUUAUCUUAACAGCGCAGUGCAUGUGAAGCUAAUGUUCUCACAUCUUUGGCAUAAUUCAUUUAAAAGCCUGACUAAGAAACUGAACGCCCAAGAGGUUAUUAUGUGGAACCUGCCAACACUGUUGCUAAAAUUCUUCAGACAUUUUAAUCCUUAGUUCUGAACAUUGUCAAUUAAUUGGUAAAUUAGUAUUUAAUAAUACUAGUGGUCUAAUGACAUGAAACAUCUAUUUUACAUCAACUUUAUUUACAUAGCGCUGUACAGUGCUUCUCACCAUGACUUGGCAACAAACGUGAACUCAGAACUAUCCGUGUCCUGCCCAAGCGCGUGUUGUUUCCCAUUGCACAACUCGACCUGUGAAGGUAGGAGGAGUUUCCCCUGGUGGUGACAUUAUUAGUGAAAUACUACUCAAAAGAAAAAUUGAAACUAUUUGGAAAGCAUAUCUUAUCUGAUGUUUAAAUACAUUAUUAUUAUUUUUACAAACCUUGGUACCUGGGAUGUUACGGUAACCAAAUUUGGCACGGGUACAUAAGUAUAGCACAGCUCACUUGGCGGUGGGAAACAGCCGAGCCGUGUCACACGGUCCGGUGGAAAUGUAUUAAUACAGCAUUUUGUAAAUAUUCUGCUGACUAAGUUACUUAGAAUGAAGCUAGCUUUAAAGUGGGUUUGUUUUAAUAAAUAUUCUCAUAAACUCAGCACCUGCAAUGCAUAAACAGCCGCUUGCUGUUCUAUUUAUGUUAUUUAUGUUCAAUGGCAAGAGUGACAAGUGUUUUUUUUUUUCUUUUUAGGUACAAUGUUAUGACUACUGUAUGUAACCAGGAAAACUCAUGUACUCCCCCCCCCCUCUUUAUUAGUAUCAAUGUGUAAUCAUCUUUGUAACAUUUUAAGCUCAAUGUCUUAAAUGUAUGUUUGCAUGCUGCACAAAAAGCUCACUCACCCUGUCUCCAGAUUUAAAACUGUUCAGGAUGAUAUCAGGGGCAUCAGUGAUAAAAGUAACAUACUUUUAAUGUCUUAAAAACAGAGCUUCUCAAAAGGAGAUUAUGUACAGGUUAUUAUUGCAGGCCAGGCUGCAGUAAGGUACUAAAAUCAAGAGCAGCAGACUCUUUUUUUUUUUUUUUUUUUAAAACAUCGACCCUGCACUUGUGUUUUCGAGAACCCUUGUCAACUUGCUAGAAAUGAGUGGCUAUUUGCAGCACAAGUUGUGUAGUAGGAAGUGAACACACCCUAAAGUGUAAGCACAAUAUAUUUAAAACAAUUAUCUUUCAAGUUUUGUCUAAUUCUUUCGAACUACGUAGACUCACCGGUUUGUUAUCUAGUUGUAUUAAUGUCGUACCUAUUAAGUAUAAAUAUAUAACCAAUGAAAACUCAAUUAAAAGGCAAUACAUUUAUUUUAAAUAACAUUUUUAUAGCUCCAAAAACACACAUUUCUGUCCCAUUUUUUGUUGUUUUGAAAAGGAAGUUGCAUCAGCUCAUGAUGCUGUAUUACCUCAAUCCAUCAGACCUGACUUGUCUGGCUGAAACAUGUGGCUUGUACAUUGGAAUGCCCUGCAAGAAACAAGAGAAUAAAACCAACCCCACAUUCAUUUCCAACUCGACAUAAAGCAUGAAGUUCACAUAAAAGGCCACUUAUUUGGGUUAGACAUCUUUUAUUGUCAUAUUGCCAAAGCUGUACAGGUUCUAUAAAUACUUUUUAAACACUGAAAUAUUUACAUCCAACAUGUCUGUGUUCUCCUUUUCCCUCUUGUUCUCAGUAGUAAGUGAAAGCGAAUGAAAGACCUGACUAGCUCAGAUGCUACAGUGUCUGUUUCUCUCGGUCACUCAGCAUUCACAUCAAAACAUCUGUCUUUGGAGACUCUUUGACCUGACGAACCUUGUGCUAUUUACAACUAAGCCUACAGACCGUGGGCCUUUAAGACCAUCUAAAAACGAUUGCUCUUCAAGGAGACAACAUUUUCUACGGUACAUACGCUUCCCAAAAAGGACAACUGUUUAAAAAAAUUAGAACACCACAUAAAAGAACAUUAAAAAUGUGUAUCAGAGACAAUGUAGGCACACUCCUCCUUGAACACACACACACACACACACACACACACACACACACACACACACACACACACUUACAAAAGCAAGAAAAUGACAAUUUAAAUGGGACGUUUCUCCAAAUGACAUAUGUAGAUUCUCUCAAACGGUGAUUUGACGGCAGGACAUCAGUACACCUACAGACCCACAUCUGAACACGAGAUCUCCAAAAGCAGCUGUUUCAGCGUUCACAUGCGUCAACUUGCCUCUAUUACUAUGGUUCAGAAAUGCAUUCAAAUACACACACUCCCUCAGCUUUCACACUCACGGGGGACAGUGGAGAACUUGUUCUUCGUACCCACUACAGUAUUGCACAUCUACUCAACAAACCACAGUUUGUUUUAGAACAUUACAUUUCUUUUUAAACAUUGCUCCAGUGAAAUGUACAGCAUAGGUUUUUCAUAUUACUAUUCAGUGUUUUUCGUUUGCUUUUUUUUUUUUUCCUUAAUUUUGUUACAGCAACAUGCAAAUUUAUCACAGCUGUUCACAGACAGUUUUACAGUAAAACUAGUACAGUAGGCUCAAGGCAAAGCUAAAGAUGUACACACACCUUGGACCAAAUACAGCAGAGGGAACAGGCUGAAUGAAACACUUAAGCACUGUGUGGUUACCUGCUAAGGCUCACAUUCUCUCUUUCACACACACACACACACACACACACACACAGUCUCCAUAGCCCCAUAACAUGAAGCAUUUUAAAUCAUCAUUAGACAGGACAGAUGUUACGUUCCCAGUGACUACACAGAAUUAUUUUUCUAAGAUUUCUAAGGAUGGGUUAAGGAAAGGGGAAGUUGGAGCGCUUGCUAGGACAGAGGGCACUCUUCUGCACAUACCAAUGCAAAUUUUUAGUGUCGGCAUAGUGUGGCACCUCUGAUCACAUGCAAGAAAAGGGGACAGCAGCAUGUCAAUAUGG